AUUGUGUUUCAAUUAUUCAUUUUGUGUAUCAAACAAAUCAAAAUUUCUUUACUUAUAAUUUUCAUCUUUCAAUUCAGUUGAAUUUUAAUCCAAUGGCUGAAAUUUGUUGUGGUGUAGUUGGAGAAGAAGAAACUCUUACUCUACCGGUUGAGCCAAGCUCACGACCUUCCGGUCGACGGAGUUUGGAUUUACUACCGUUGAAAUACAUGGCAGAUCCGCCGGAGAAUAGCCGGAAACGACAGAAGCUAGAUCCAUCGGUUUCUCCUCCACCACCUCCAGCUCGAGAGUGCGAAAACGCGGUUGAUAGCUGUGAAUCAAGUACUGAUGAAGAAUCAAAGGAAAAUGAAGUUGUCUUGGAAAACAAAGUGGUUGUUGUUGAAGAGUGUUCUCCUAAAUAUGGAAUAACAUCGGUUUGUGGAAGAAGAAGAGAAAUGGAAGACGCUGUUUCUGUUCAUCCAUCGUUUUGUAGAGAAAAACAAGAUCAUUUCUUCGGUGUUUACGACGGUCAUGGUUGUUCACAUGUUGCGACUAUGUGUAAAGAAAGGUUGCAUGAAAUUGUUGAAGAAGAAGUAGAGAAAGAGAAGGUUGACUGGAAAUCAACGAUGGAGAAGAGUUUUAUUAGAAUGGAUGAAGAAGUGUUGAAUUCUAGUAAGACGAAACAGAGCUUCAGUUGUAAGUGUGAGCUUCAAACUCCUCACUGUGAUGCUGUUGGUUCUACUGCUGUUGUUGCCGUUGUUACGCCGGAGAAAAUCAUUGUCUCGAAUUGUGGUGAUUCACGGGCCGUCCUUUGCCGGAACGGGGUUGCCAUUCCUCUUUCCUCCGAUCAUAAGCCGGAUCGACCCGAUGAGUUGGAUCGGAUUAAUAAAGCCGGAGGACGUGUGAUCUAUUGGGAUGGUGCAAGAGUGCUUGGAGUGUUGGCCAUGUCAAGAGCUAUUGGGGACAAUUACUUGAAGCCAUAUGUUAUUUCGGAACCGGAGGUAACUAUAACGGAAAGGAGUGAUGAGGAUGAAUGUCUGAUACUUGCGAGUGAUGGCUUAUGGGACGUGGUGCAAAAUGACACGGCGUGUAAGGUGGUGCAAAUGUGUCUCAAGGCGAACAAGACGGUGACGCCGCCUGGGUCUCCGGGACUUGAAGUGGCGGGAAAUGGGUCAGAUAAGGCGUGCUCCGAUGCUUCAAUUUUGUUGACGAAGUUGGCAUUGGCGAGGAAUAGUUCGGACAAUGUUAGCGUGGUGGUUGUUGAUUUGAGGAGAGAUCAACGUCAACAAUAACAAUUAAUAAUAGUAAUAGGGAUUGAUUAAUGGAAUUGGAACAAAAAAUAUUGCUAAUUAACCGACCAAAACUUAUGACGUGUACUGUGUCUGGACACCUAUGAUUCGUAGGAUUUUUUAUUGGCAAAGGUGGGAGGAAAAUGGUGGGGCCUGGAGAUUUUUUCUGAUGAUUCCAUGUGAUUUUAGUAGUGUAGUGUUUGAUUGAGGGGAAAGGUUAAAAUUGUAUCUUUUGGGAAACAAUUGGAUAAAAAAAUUAUGUAUAAGAAAUUUUAGAUUAGUAUAAAGUAGAAAACAAUUGAUGUAAAGUGUAAACUAAGGCAUGUCGUAAAAUGAAGGAGUAUAUUGGCUUUGACCAUUUGAGAUUAGCCUUA